CACUCAGAUAAUUAGGGUUUCAAAUUAAAGAUGGUGAAGGGAAGAAUUAACAAUGUACUAGUAUUUCUUCUGGGUUUGUUGGUGCUCCAUUGUGGGCUGGCUCAAGCAGCAACUUACGUUGUUGGUGGUCCAAAUGGUUGGACUUAUGGCGUUGAAACUUGGCCUAAUCAAAAGAUAUUUAAGACUGACGAUGAUCUCUUAUUUUACUAUAGUCCUUCGGAACACAACGUUGCGAUUGUAUCAAAGAAAGAGUAUGAAGGUUGUAAAGCCUCAGAAAUUGCAAAAGUCUAUCACACAGGAAAGGAUCGGAUCAAGCUUAAAAAGGGACCAAAUUACUUCAUCUCCAGUAUUAAAGGCCAAUGCCGCUCUGGACUCAAAUUACUCGUUCAUGCAAAAUAACUCACCUACAUAAUUCGCAUGUUUAAGCUUGGUGCAAUAUUAAUGCAUCUUAAUAUAAAUUUACUAAAUAAAACGUUGGUUAAAUGGCCGAUUAUUGCUUCUGUAUGGGUCGUUUGUAUCUUUGUUCCAAAGAAAUAAAGCUUGUUUAAUUCUUGAAA